UGGUCCCGAAGGCAACUCUAUCGUCAUUCCUAGCAGAAGGACCGAAUCCAUAAUAGCUUCCUGAUCAUCACGGGCAAAUAAUACCCAGAACCCACCUAGCACGGAGACCUGUCACAAUGACCACCCUGGUGCCCAAGCCCCCAUGCCCUGAGGCCGAGAUCUUCACAAAGGUCGGCCUGCAAUCGCAGGUCCUCGUCCCCGCCGACCCGGACUAUGAUGCCCGCGAGGACAGCUACUGGUCGAACAGCGCCAAGCUCAAGCCCGCAUGCAUUGUCCGGCCCCGGUCUGCCGAGGAGGUCGCCACAGCCGUCAAGGCCCUCGUCGCCGCCGGCCAGAAGUUCGCCGUCCGCAGCGGCGGCCACACCAACUGGGCCGGCGCGAAUAACAUCGCCGGCGGUGUCACCGUCGACCUCAGCCUGCUCAACGCCACCGCCUUCGACGCCGCCUCGGAGACGGCCACAAUCGGGCCCGGCGCCCGGUGGCGCGAGGUCUACGCCGAGCUGCACAAGCACGGCCGCGCUGUGGCCGGCGGCCGCGAGGGCAACGUCGGCGUCGCGGGCCUGCUGCUGGGCGGCGGCAACACCUUCUUCACCGCGCGGCAGGGGUUCGCGUGCGACAACGUCGUCUCCUACGAGGUCGUGCUGGCCGACGGGCGCAUCGUCACCGCCGACAAGGACAACCACGCCGACCUGUUCCGCGCGCUCAAGGGCGGGUCCAGCAACUUCGGAAUUGUCACGAGCUUCCGCAUGACCGCCAUCAAGUGCGACCGCGUGUGGGGCGGCAUGACAUUCUUCCCCAAGCAGGUCAUACCCGGCGCCAUCGACGCGCUGACCAGCUUCAUUGACAAUGUGCCCGGCGACAUCGACAGCAACCUUGUGUGCAUCUUCACCCACAUGCCCGAUUUCAAGGACGUCGUCAUCGCCACCCUGUACGCCAACGUCGGCGGCGUCGAGAAGGCACCUGCCUACGAGAAGUGGCUCGCCCUGCCCGAGAUGCUCAACACUAUCAAGAUGACCAGCGUCUCCGAGAUGGCGUUUGAGUAUAACAUCCCCUCUCACUACCACAACAUCUGGUUCACAGCCAGCUUCAAGAACGACCCCCGCAUCAUCACCAAGGCAUCCUCGCUCCACGACGCCCUCGUCGCAUCCCUCAAGACCCUCAUCCCCUCGGGCGACUUCAUCACGCAGUGCCUCUUCCAGCCGCUUCCGCGCCUGUACGCGGCGCGGUCCGUGGCCGCCGGCGGCAACGCCAUGGGCGUGGAGCGGCACGCGCACGACGGCGUGCUCUUCCUCGCCGUGGCCAUGGUGCGCACGCCCGAGCAGGAGGCCGCCGCGCGCCCGCUCGUCGCGGACUGGGUGCGCGCCGUGCGGGACUUCGCGUCCACCAUCGAGGGUGGGAAUCUGGAGUGGGAGUACCUCAACUAUGCGGAUGCGAGCCAGGACCCGCUUGCUAGCUAUGGAGUGGAGAAUGUGAGGUUCCUGAAGGAGGUUGCUGUGAAGUAUGACCCGCAAGAGGUGUUCCAGAAGCUGGUCCCGGGUGGGUUCAAGAUCUCGGAGGUUAAGAUUUGAGUGGGACUGCUGCGUGGCUAUGGGAGUGUGGGCUG